AUGAAAGCUGGAACUUUCGAAAUGGUUCAUGGUGAUAGUGUUUGUGGGGUUUUCGAUAUAAUCCAACACCAACACCAUGAAUAUUACUUAAACCCUUCUAAUUAUCAUAAUCAUAAUAACCCCAUAAACAACCAACUCUCAGAUUGGGUUGACCAAAUCACCAAACAAAUCAUCGACAAUAACGACCCACCUCAGAUUAUCAACCCAUCAAAUUUUCCGGCGAACUACUCAGUUUCCGGUGAUAACUUCCGACCAAGAAAAAUCCCAAGAACAGAAUCAUCAUCCAAUAAUGAUUAUAAUAAUCAAGAACAGAGCUUGACCCAAAUGAUGACACUUCUCUUAGAAUGCGCCGUUGCAAUCUCCGUUGACAAUCUCGGCGAGGCUCACCGGAUGAUUUUGGAACUUACCCAUAUAAGUUCUCCUUACGCGCCGUCGUCUGCUGAGCGCGUGGUGGCUUAUUUCGCUAAAGCUAUGGCUAGUAGAGUUGUCAAUUCUUGGUUGGGGAAUGUUCUCUCUUCUCCUUUUCCUAUGCCAUUGAUAAAUUAUAAAUCUUUACAUGAAGCUUUUCAAGGGUUUAAUAAUGUUUCCCCUUUUGUUAAGUUUGCUCAUUUCACUUCUAAUCAAGCUAUACUUGAAUCGUUCCAUCGUCGAGAUCGCGUCCACGUCAUCGAUCUCGAUAUCAUGCAGGGUCUUCAGUGGCCUGCUCUGUUUCAUAUCUUGGCCACACGUGUUGAGGGUCCACCUUCGCACGUGCGGAUUACUGGAGUUGGGUCUUCGCCUGAACUCCUAUCUCAAACGGGUCAACACCUCUCGAGUUUCGCCAAACGGCUUGGUAUUAACUCGUUUGAGUUUAACCCGGUUGUGAGAAACCCUAAAACUGGGUUGUUAAAUGUUGGGGUUUCGACGUUUCGGGUCAGGAGAGGUGAGACCCUAGCCGUGCAUUGGCUCCGACAUUGUCUUUAUGACUCCACUGGACCCGAUUGGAGAACGAUCGGGCUUGUUGAGGAACUUAGGCCGAGGAUCUUCACUUUGGUGGAGCAGGAUAUUGCCCAAUCAGGGUCAUUUUUGGAUCGAUUUGUCGGGUCGCUCCAAUACUAUUCAACCAUGUUUGAUUCAAUCGGAGCUUAUUUGGGCCCUGAUGACCCGACCCGACAUGUGGUAGAGCAUUGUUUGUUUCAUAGGGAGAUUAAUAACAUGUUGGCUAUCGGUGGGCCCAGUCGGAGUGGGGAGGAGAAGCUAAGGGAUUGGAGGAGUGAGUUAGUUAGAAGGAGUAGUGGCAGUGGCAGUGGUGGUGGUAGCAGUGUUGGUUUGGGACAGGUGGCAAUGAGUGGGAAUUGUAUGGCUCAAGCUCAAUUGAUAUUAAAUAUGUUUAGUAACGGUAAUGGUAAUAGUAAUAGUAAUGGAUAUACUUUAAUUCAAGGGCAUGACGGGACACUUAGACUUGGUUGGAAAGAUACUUGUUUGUAUACUGCUUCUGCAUGGACUUCUUGUACAACUAAUGCUUCUACUAAUUUUAAUUAUUGAUAAUUUGAGUUUUA